AAUAUCCAACCCACCCACAUUGCCAUACAUUUUCGUUUACUGAAAUCUUGAAGAAAAAGAAGAAGAAGAAAAGGAAAGAAACCAUGGCGGAUCCUAACUCUUCAAACAAACGCAAACAAACGGACUUGAUGAAACUAAUGAUGAGUGAUUACCACGUUCAGAUGAACAAUGAUGAUAUGAAAGAAUUCUUUGUGCGUUUUCAUGGACCUCCGAACACUCCUUACUCUGGAGGUGUGUGGAAAGUAAGGGUUGAGCUUCAAGAGGACUACCCCUAUUCCUCUCCAUCCAUUGGGUUUGUAAACAAAAUGUUCCAUCCAAAUGUUGACUUUCUGACUGGUGCAGUGUGCUUAAAUGUGAUCAAUAAAGAGUGGAGUCCCAUGUUUGAGUUAAACCAUGUGUUUGACAUCUUCCUUCCGGUACUUUUGGAUGACCCGAACGCUGAAGAUCCAAUGAAUGAAGAUGCUGCAGCCCUUUUUCUAAAUGAUCGGGUGGCUUAUCAAGAUAAAGUCAAAGAGUACUGCCAAAAAUACGCCAAGCCAGAAGACAUUGGUAUGGUUCCAGAAGAUAAAUCGAGUGAUGGGGAGCCAAGUGAAGAUGAGGAUGACUCGGGAGAUGAGGCAACUCCAAGUGCAGGCCCUGUCAACCCAUAGCCAGUAGUCCAAUCAUCUUAUCUUUUAUGUUCCGUACAUU